AUGCUGUUAUUGUCUUGUUUAUUUUUAACGCUUCUUGCUACUAAUCUAACUGCCAUUCCUGUGGGAAAAGAGGCCAAUUCAUUGCCAUUGGGACUGUUUGUGACUGUCAAUACGACCAACCAUGGUCUUGAUUACCUGCCGAAGAUGAUGGAGCACAUCCAAAAUGAGCUGAAUGUAACCGUGGUUAUCGAGCAGAUCAUGCCUUUAUAUGUUACUUCUGAGGAUGUUGAGAGUAAGUUAGACCUUUUAGAGGCGAUCUAUUAUAACGUCUUUUUUUCGUCCAGAAAUUUCGUUCGUUUUUUCGUUGUUUUGCUUUACAAGGAUUGUUUGUUGUUUGGCAAAGGGUAUAUAUUUAUUUGAUACAGCUUUUUCUCCUCUACAAAACUAUAUAUUCAUUUUACAAAUGGAAAAAAUUUACACUUAUAAAUUUAUGUGAACUUCUAAUAACCUCAAAUUUUCAGAAAAGCAAACCGACCUCUCUGGAGUCGAACUGAAAAUCAUCACUUCUCCUGGCUCCGAAAUCACAAUUCGAGAUGUCGAAGACUCCGCUUAUGAUUACUACUUCAACCUAGACCAGGAGAACGUCUUCCACGAGAUCACCCGUUCAUUGCCAAAGGCGAAAACUCCAAAAUCCGACAAUUUCUGGACAGCCGUAUUUCUGUUUUGCGUUUUCACUGUGAUUCUUUUAAUUUACUCUAUUCUGAAAUGGACAGGCUACCCUAACCAGGAUAAUAGCGAUAGAAUAGAUUAUACAUAA